UCCUCCAUAUUUCUCUACCCUUCUCUGCAGGCAUGGAAGAGCAAUUUAUACUUCGGCUUCCACCUUCGGUAGCUGAACGGAUAGACCGGCUCUUGAGCGAAAACGCAUCUUCGUCUUCUGAUGACAAGUCCUUGGAUUUAACCUUUUCCGAGGAUGGGAGAAGUGGCACAUUUUCAAUAGGAAACGAUCACUUCCCUGCAUUUCUUUUGGAUUUACCUGGCAUUGUGGAGUCAUACAAAACCUAUGAUGAUAGCGUGCUGAUUAAAAGUGCAGACAUUGGUCAAAUGAUUAUGGUGAAGGAGGAAGGUGACAGUGUUCCAGAUGAGGUGGAGUACAGACAUGGCCUUACCCCUCCGAUGAGGGAUGCUCGAAGGCGAAGGUUCCGCAGAGAACCAGAUCUAAAUCCCGAGCUGGUCCGGCGUGCUGAGAAAGAUUUGCAGAACAUUAUGGCUGGUGGAACAGCGGAGAAUAUUGAUGUUGAGGCCGUUGAGCAUGAGGAAGAUGGCGAGGAAAAUGCUCGUAAUGCAAGUAAGAAGGUGGAACCUAAGCCUCCAGAGAAGCCUGACGUACCUGAGGCUGGGACAGCUGGUGGAGAGCCAGACAGAAGCGAUUCUGAUGAGUCUGAUUAUUCAAUAUGAUGGAGGUCCUUCAUUUAAACUUGAGUAUCUGGUUCUGCUUGGUGGUUAGACCUACUAUUUGCAAAUUGAACUUGUAAGGUCAUGGUUCGUCAUCAAAACUUUAUGUCUAAGGGUUUAUAGUUAAAGGAAGUUUAGUAGUUUUAUGUGUGUGCCCUGUUUGGAUCUUGUGGUAUUGAUAGCCUACCUGAGAUUCAACAUUUCUGUGGUAUUUCAAACAUUGGAUAGGUUGUAUAUAUCAAUACACUAAUUAGAUCUAAUGAGCGGGCAAUCUUUGUCGUAAUUGAUAGUUUGGUUUCUGGGAGUACACAAUAUACAGAUUAGGGACUCCAAACUUCAGACCCCAUAGUGUAUAUGCAUGCACCAUUCAUAAAUUCAUUUCAAACUA